GUGAGCUUUUUUUUUAUCUCUAUCAAUUUACCACCAUGACGUGUGCUGACGUAAUCAGUAAGUGGCCCAGUCGUCGAUGUACUUAACCAAGUCUAUGAGCAGGUUCUUCGUCUCGUCCGGACUAGACACCCAGCAUGUGGUUGCUGCUGUGCGGCUUGCGUAGUCGUUCGAACCGAGCGAGUUGAACUGGUCGCCGACGUGCAGCGUGUUCUCGGCCUUGAUGUUGAUCUUAUCGUUGGAACUGAUAAAUUUUUGGAGCACCCUCACACCGUACGCUUUAUCGCCAAUGUCGACCCAGAUGUCUGAGCCGCCGUUGAAAGCGCACCAGCGGAUCUUCCUGGCGGGAGGAAACUGUUUGAGACGCUUGUCGACGCGGAGAACGAUCUCCUCGAGCUGCUCGCGGAUCAGCUUGUGGCCCGGUAAUGGAACCAGGCCGACGGCACGCUCCUUGCGGACCACGGUGGCUGGCGAGCCCAGUUUGUGAACGAGGUCGUUUAGAACGUCCUGCGCAAAGUCCAGUGUCAGAUGAAUGUCCUCCUCGGACCAAUUCAGCAUGUUCUCGAGCAGCCAUCUGUCUUUGGAGUAGAAGCGUAAUUUCUGCUCCUCGUUACUGUACCGGAAGAGGUAGUUUGCCUCGCCGCCCAUAAUGAACAGGUUCUCUUUCUGGUGGCCUGUGAGCAGCGGGGACGUCUGGACGGCGUCGAUGAGGCCCUUGAGGCGCUCGUAGUACUUGUUCGCGUCGCUGUAGCCGGCCGCGGUGACGAUACCCACAUAGAGGUCCUUGGCCAUUAGUUUGAUGAGGUGGGGCAGGAUGGGCGACUCGGCAUCGAAAUUUUUGCCGUCGUCGUACAGUGUGAUGUCACCAUCGAAUGUAAUGAGCUGCAGCUUGCGAUCUCGGAUGGUUUUGGAAUGGAAGAACCGCGACAUCUCCAACAGCUGGGCCGUGUUGAGAAUGAGCCGGACGUCGUUGAACGAGGGGGCCACAAGCCGGCGUUUGCUGAUGGCGCGGCGCUCGUCCUCGAUGUAGAAGGCCUUUUCCAGAGGCAGUCUCGUGAAGAAGUUGCCAACGCUCGGAACCAGCUGCACGAGCCGAGACAAUUCGGGGGUGCCGGCUUUGGUCAUUUCAAUGUUGUCGUCGAUGAGGAGUUCAAGGUCGUGGAAGAUUUCCGCGUAGCGGCGUUUUGCCUCAGAGUUUACCAUGAGGUCGUCCACUGCAGAGAUGCCGUUGCUCUUCACCGCGUACAGGACGAACGGCGUGGCCAGCAGGCCCUUGAUCCAUUCUAUGAGGCCAUCUCGACGGUGUUCCUUGAGUGCGUACUCCACUCUGUAGCGACUGGACAUCUCGAGACUGGGCUUGCUGUGCUGGAUGCACCAAUUAAUUGUUGCCGCAUGCAUCCUUGCACCGCAAGUUUUUAAAACCCACUCGCUUUAGCCGUCGCGUAAAACUUGUGAAUCUGGCAACUGAGGGGGUUCUGCAGCCGCAACCGAACUUUUCGCUUCGAGGACGCAGCUGGAUGGUGUCAUGUGAGGCUCUGUUUGCUGGCGUAGCCUACAACGUGACCUUGCCUAACCGGACGGCGCUACCCACUGCUGUCUGUGCCUGCUACCAGAAAAUCACCAGAGCAGCAGAGGGCCGAUGUGGCAACUGGUGGGGUGUCGGACAGGCUGUUUCUCCACAGUGCAAAUGCGGGUGAACCGGCCAGAAAGUAAAUUCUUAUGCUACCGUGCAGUGACUCCGACAUCCCCAGUUUUUGCCCUACUUGAUCACAGAUGGGGUCAGCGCUGCCGCUAAGUGUACCCAACCGUCCCCACACGGUCCAUCUAUAAAUACUGCUGCCAGUGCACGGUGGUGACAUCAAUCUAAAGUACAAAAACAAAAUGGCCAUUCCUGACGAAUUCGAUAUCAUUGUUGUUGGUGGAGGUUCCACCGGCUGCUGCAUUGCGGGCAGACUCGCAAACCUCGACGACCAAAACCUCACAGUUGCCCUGAUCGAGGGUGGUGAGAACAACAUCAACAACCCUUGGGUCUACCUUCCCGGAGUGUAUCCUAGAAACAUGAGACUCGACUCCAAGACGGCCACCUUCUACUCGUCCAGACCAUCGAAGGCUCUGAACGGCAGAAGAGCGAUCGUUCCUUGCGCCAACAUCCUUGGAGGCGGCUCGUCGAUCAACUUUCUGAUGUACACCAGAGCCUCUGCUUCCGACUACGACGACUGGGAGUCCGAGGGAUGGAGCACCGACGAGUUGCUACCUCUGAUCAAAAAAAUCGAAACUUACCAGCGUCCUUGCAACAACAGAGAUCUGCACGGCUUUGACGGCCCAAUCAAGGUUUCCUUUGGAAACUACACGUAUCCUACGUGCCAGGACUUCCUGAGAGCAGCAGAGUCGCAGGGAAUUCCUGUUGUGGACGACCUGGAGGACUUCAAGACAUCGCAUGGUGCAGAGCACUGGCUGAAGUGGAUUAACAGAGACCUGGGCAGAAGAUCGGAUUCUGCGCACGCCUACGUCCACCCAACUAUGAGAAACAAGCAGAGCCUGUUCCUCAUCACCUCCACCAAGUGUGACAAGGUGAUCAUCGAGGACGGCAAGGCUGUGGCCGUGAGAACAGUGCCAAUGAAGCCUCUGAACCCUAAGAAGCCUGUGUCCAGAACCUUCAGAGCCAGAAAGCAGAUUGUGAUCUCCUGCGGAACCAUCUCGUCUCCUCUGGUGCUCCAGAGAUCUGGUAUUGGUGCAGCUCACCACUUGAGAUCCGUGGGGGUCAAGCCAAUCGUCGACCUGCCAGGUGUGGGUGAGAAUUUCCAGGACCACUACUGUUUCUUCACUCCAUACUACGUCAAGCCUGACGUUCCUACGUUCGACGACUUUGUCAGGGGUGACCCAGUUGCCCAGAAGGCCGCUUUCGACCAGUGGUACUCCAACAAGGACGGUCCAUUGACCACCAACGGUAUUGAAGCCGGAGUCAAGAUCAGACCUACCGAAGAGGAGCUGGCUACCGCGGACGAGGACUUCAGACGCGGCUACGCAGAGUACUUCGAGAACAAGCCAGACAAGCCUCUGAUGCACUACUCUGUCAUCUCCGGCUUCUUUGGAGACCACACCAAGAUUCCUAACGGCAAGUUCAUGACCAUGUUCCACUUCCUGGAGUAUCCAUUCUCCAGAGGAUUUGUUAGAAUCACCUCGGCAAACCCAUACGACGCUCCUGACUUCGAUCCCGGCUUCCUCAAUGACGAAAGAGACCUGUGGCCUAUGGUCUGGGCAUACAAGAAGUCCAGAGAGACGGCCAGAAGAAUGGAGAGCUUUGCAGGAGAGGUCACCUCGCACCACCCAUUGUUCAAGGUUGACUCGCCAGCCAGAGCCAGAGACCUGGACCUCGAGACAUGCAGUGCAUAUGCCGGUCCUAAGCACCUCACUGCCAACCUGUACCACGGCUCGUGGACCGUUCCUAUCGACAAGCCAACGCCUAAGAACGAUUUCCACGUGACCUCCAACCAAGUCCAACUGCACUCCGACAUCGAGUACACCGAGGAGGACGACGAGGCCAUCGUCAACUACAUUAAGGAACACACCGAGACCACUUGGCACUGUCUGGGUACCUGCUCGAUGGCCCCAAGAGAGGGUAGUAAGAUUGCUCCUAAGGGAGGUGUCUUGGACGCCAGACUGAACGUUUACGGAGUCCAGAACCUCAAGGUUGCGGACCUUUCUGUUUGUCCCGACAACGUUGGAUGCAACACCUACUCUACUGCAUUGACCAUCGGUGAGAAGGCUGCCACUCUUGUUGCUGAAGAUCUUGGCUACUCAGGCUCCGACCUGGACAUGACGAUUCCAAACUUCAGACUCGGAACUUACGAGGAGACCGGACUUGCCAGAUUCUAAGGAGACGUGGAAGGACAUACCGCUUUUGAGAAGCGUGUUUGAAAAUAGUUCUUUUUCUGGUUUAUAUCGUUUAUGAAGUGAUGAGAUGAAAAGCU